AUGGCGACCCCUAUAUCUGCCGGGAACAAUACUACUAGCCAAGAUUUCGACAGAGACACUGUCGUGAAAGCACUCAAGGAAAAUGGAUAUGCAGUUGUGAAGAAUGUUCUUACCCACGAGCAGUGUGAAGAAUAUAUCCAACAGUACAAAUCCUGGAUGAAAAAGUUCGAUCGCGCUGGAACGGAAUGUUCUCAUAAACAUUCAAUCAUACAGUCAUAUAGAACAGGCCACUUUGCUACGACAUGGGCGGUUCGACUUCAUGUGAAACCGGUCUUUGCUAAAAUAUGGAAAACUGAGAAACUGCUGUCAAGUGCAGAUGCAGUAGCUAUCUCGAAACCCCCAGAAGAAGGAAGUGAUGAUUAUGCCGAUCCGAACCGUGAAUGGUUACACUUAGACCAGGCUGCCCAUAGAGAAGGUCUUCACGCCUUCCAGGGAGGUAUUAACUUAGAGGAAAGCACCGACACAGAUCAUUGCUUCCGGGUCAUGGCGGGGUCACACGUAUACCAUAAGAAAUUCUUUCAAACAUUUCCAAAUGCAGCUGAGAAGUCAAGACGGAUAGAACAUUAUAAACUUAAUGACGUUGAGAAAAACUGGUAUGAACAAAGAGGAUGUAAACGUACCAAAGUUCCGGUUCCAAAAGGUGGAAUGGUAUUGUGGGAUUCGCGAACUGUUCACGACAAUAUCAAGCCAGAAUACGGCAGAAUAAACAAAGACAGGUGGCGUUUUGUAGUCUUUGUUUCUAUGACCCCUGCAAUUUGGGCAUUUCCGGAAGACUUAGCAAAGAAGAGGGAUGCUUACGAAAAUUUAAUGAUGACAUCUCAUUGGUCAUCGCAAGGUGUAAGAACCUUUAAGGAGUAUAACCCAAAAAAGGAUGAUCCUAAAUUUACUAUCUUGACCCAACCUGAUAUCGCGAAAACUAGAGAAGCCAAACUUCUAUUCGGAGUAGAAGAUUACGAUUUUGAGGACGAAAAGCCAAAUGGUCCAAAGCCACCUACUUGGCAAGACUAUCACGCAUAA